GUGUGUUGAAGAGAUAUUUUAUUAUGUGUGCUUUUCUUCAGAGGUGUCAACAUGAAAGUCUCCAUUCGGGCUUCAGGACCUGCCAGUGUCAAUGUGUUGCAAAAAAAGGAAGCUCAACCAAAGGUGCAGAGCACCAAUGUGACAUCUGGACCUUCUGGUUUUUACUACCAGGAUAUGUGGCGAGCACUAGGUGGCACCACAGUUCGCCAAUUCAACACCACUGCCAUGAUUCAGUGUCUGAAAGGCAAGGUGGUCCACCUGCAUGGAGACUCCACCAUAAGGCAGUGGUUUGAAUUCAUCAACACAGCUCUACCAGAUCUGAAGGAGUUUGACCUGCACAGCCAGAGGAAAAUUGGACCUUUCAUGUCCUUGGACUAUGCAAACAACAUCUUGGUGACGUUCUGCUGCCAUGCCCCUCCUAUCCGCUUUUCCAGCAUCCCAACCAGCCAGUUUCGUUACAUUGCCAAUGAAAUAGAUGGCUUAAUCGGAGGCACCAACACUGUUGUAGUUUUGGGCAUCUGGGCUCACUUCAGCACCUACCCCAUGGAGAUCUACAUCCGGAGGCUGCAGAGCAUCCGCAGGGCGGUGGUGCGGCUGCUGGACAGGGCUCCAGGAUCGCUGGUCGUCAUCCGCACCGCCAACCCAAAUGCUUUGAUACUUUUUCAGAUAAUAAACAACAGCGACUGGUUUUCGCUGCAGCGUGAAAAGGUACUCAGAGCCGUGUUCAAAGGACUGAAUGUUCAUCUGAUCGACGCCUGGGAGAUGGUUCUGGCACACCACCUGCCGCACAACCUCCACCCAGAACCUCCCAUUAUUAAGAAUAUGAUUGACGUUCUCUUGUCCUACAUAUGUCCUCAAAAGGGUGGCUAGAAUAUGUUUUGUUGGGGGGGAAGGAGUGAGGAUUAAAGCACACGUUGAGUUUACAUGUUAUCUCUGUGUUUCUACCAAGUUCUGCAUUAUUCCUUCAGCAGUACAUGCACAGACUAGACGCCGAUUCAACAUGCUGCAUCGGCCGAAAAACCUCCGAC